CAUUUUGCACUAUCGUAGAAGCAGAGGUUAAAGAGACGGCGCCGUCUUAGCUGUCCACCUUGACCGACCAUCCGGCAUCGUCUUGGUCCUCCAUUUUCCCUUUGUAAAAUCCUUUUUAACCCCUAAAAAUGGUAGCGAAACCCUCCAAGGCCGAGAAAAAAAUCGCGUACGACGCGAAGCUAUGCCAGCUCUUAGACGAGUACACCCAGAUCUUAAUCGCGGCAGCCGACAACGUGGGCUCGAACCAGCUCCAGAACAUCCGCAAGGGUCUCCGAGGCGACUCAAUUGUUCUAAUGGGUAAGAACACUAUGAUGAAAAGGUCCAUUAGGAUGCAUGCUGAGAAGACAGGAAACCAGGCCUUCCUUAAUCUCAUCCCUUUGCUUCAGGGAAAUGUGGGUUUGAUCUUCACUAAGGGUGAUUUGAAGGAAGUCAGUGAGGAAGUGGCCAAGUACAAGGUUGGAGCUCCGGCUCGUGUCGGUCUGGUUGCUCCCAUUGAUGUUGUUGUCCCACCAGGCAACACCGGUCUUGACCCUUCCCAGACCUCUUUCUUCCAGGUGCUCAAUAUUCCAACCAAGAUUAACAAGGGUACUGUUGAAAUUAUCACUCCCGUGGAGCUUAUCAAGAAGGGUGAGAAGGUUGGCUCUUCUGAGGCAGCCCUUCUUGCCAAGCUUGGAAUCAGGCCAUUCUCGUAUGGUCUUAUUGUCUUGUCUGUUUACGACAAUGGAUCAGUGUUUAGCCCCGAGGUGCUGGAUCUCACUGAGGAUGACCUGAUUGAGAAAUUUGCUACUGGUGUCUCAAUGGUUACGGCUUUGUCUCUGGCCAUCUCGUACCCAACCCUUUCUGCUGCACCACACAUGUUCAUCAAUGCCUACAAGAAUGUGUUGGCUGUUGCAGUCGCAACAGAGUAUUCCUUCCCUCAAGCCGAUAAAGUGAAGGAGUACUUGGCUGAUCCAAGUAAGUUUGCCAUUGCUGCCGCACCCGUUGCCGCUGCUGCUGGUGCUGCUCCUGCUGCUGCCGCUGCCGAGGAUGAGAAGAAACCCGAACCUGAAGAAGAGUCGGACGAUGAUAUGGGAUUCAGUCUCUUUGACUAAAUUUGAUUUGUAUUAAGCAUCAAGAUAGAGGAUUACAAGACAGUUUUUGAUCAUCAGCUUGGAUUAUUUCUC